UUUUGUAGAUGGUUUAUUGUAGGGUGGGGAAGGGAAGCGGGGAAAGAGUGAAGGGGGUGUAGAGGUGGUAAUUACCAGGCAUCGCGUAUCUAUUUUGUAUUUGCAUGGAGAAGAAAAUCUCAAUGCACAAGUGGUUUCAAGACGAUUAUUCAGACAGCAAGCGGUUUCCCCCAGGAAAGUUCUUCAGAGGGCCCUGCGAAAUCAGCUUGCGGCAAGUCCGGGGACGGGGAGUUCGUAGGUGUAUGUGCCUGGGCGAUGAGCUGCACCCAGCUCAGCUAGUAGCCGUCUCUGUCUCUGUCCGCAGCUCCAGGGGAUACUCCUCGCCUGGCCCUGCCUCCACUGAAGCGCCCAGGGGUCCCAGAAGUGCGGAGUGUGGACACCACUGGCCAUGAGUCCUCCGAGGCCAACAGCGUCGCUCUUGCUGCUAUGGCUACUGGGUGGCUGCCUCUUCGCGGCCGCCCGGAGGGUCAAGGGGGCGGCUGGCAGCGCGGCGGAGCCGGCUCCCGGCCCCCCUGGCGGCUCCUCGGGUCGCUUCGUCAGCCCCGAGCAGCAUGCGUGCAGCUGGCAGCUCCUGCUGCCCGUCCCGGGGGCCGCAGCUGACAGCGAGCUGGCGCUGCGCUGCCGGGGCCCGGACGGGGCGCGCCAUCAGUGCGCCUACCGCGGGGAGCCGGAACGCUGCUCCGCCUACGCCGCUCGCCGCUCGCGCUACUGGAAACAGGUGCUGGGCCGGCUGCGCAAGAAGCGGCGGCCCUGCCACGACCCCGCGCCCCUCCAGGCCCGCCGGUGUGCCGGCCAGAAGGGCCACGGCGCCGAGCUGCGCCUAGUGCACCGCGCGUCCCCGCCGUCCGGCCCCACCGUCGCUGGCUUCCCCGGGGAGCCCGCGUCUGGCCCAGCCGCCCGGGCCCCGCCUCCCGCGAGUGCGCUGCCUAGAGAAGAGCCCUCCGAGAGGAAGACCAAAGGGGAUAAGCGCAAGGCGGCCACGGACCCCGACGAGGAGCGGCCCAUGGGGACCGGGCCCGACCCCGACGGGCUGGACGAGAACGCCGAGCUCACGGAGACCUACUGCGCGGAGGAGUGGCACUCCCUCUGCAAUUUCUUUGUCAAUUUCUGGAACGGCUGA